UCCACACGGUUUCCACAUCAGCGCCGGAAGAAAAGGAAGGAAAUGGAGGAUGGUGGAUGUGAGGGUGGCCAGCAGAGACCGAAUGCCUACACAAUGAAACUGUUUGACCGCAGUGUGGACCUGGCUCAGUUCAAUGAGAAUACACCGCUGUACCCCAUCUGCAGGGCCUGGAUGAGGAACAACCCCACCCUCCGGGAGGGGGCACGCACCCCAAGUCCCCAACCACCUGCUGCACUUGAGGAUGAGGAGGUUGCUGAGGUGAUGAACGGGAAGUGUCAGGAUAUUUACAGACUGCCGGUCCCCAUCCCCUGCUCCCUGAACACACGAGGCCAUCCUGUCAGUCUGCGCAUUCCAUCUCCACUACCUUUCACAGAGAAACCGCUUGAUAUCAACAUGAGUCGCAGUAAUGCCCCUGGUGUACCCACCUUGCUCUACAAUCACAUGGAUCGCUGGAAGAAGAUUCGACAGAGGUGGAAGGAGUCCUCACACAGGAACCAGCACCGUUACACAGACAGCAUGAAGAUUCUGAAGGACAUGUUUGAGCGGCAGUGAGGGCUCACCCUGUCUGUCUUUACACAGAGACUCCAGCCGGGAUCCUUACCCAGCCACGCCACGCUGAUCUGUAUGCACAUGGUCACAUUGUGAUGGGUGUGCUGCAACCCUCCAACCCCUACCCCUCAUGUUGGCGGUAGGACACGCAGGAAGAGAGUUACUGGCCUGUCUCUGACUGGGCUGCGACUGAAGGCACUCCUGGUUCUUCUGGGCUUCCCACAUUAAGAUAAUUACCCCCUUGCUCUCCCUGUCUCUGGUCGGAGCAGCAACAUCCUAGCUCUCCUCCCCACUGCUGUGAUGUUGAGUUCGCUCAUGGCUGGGCUGGGGGUCCAGACCCUGCAGUAUCAUGGGCUCUGGGUGACAGAGAAUGAGGCUAAAAUCAGCAAGUUCAGGAUCCUAGUCGUUGUCUCCUCACUAGCCUCUGGAAUCAAACCGUCGUCUUGGUGUCUAUGUCUUUCGUCUGUGUGAGUUGUCUGGAUUUUCUUGUCUGUCUGCACACCUUGAGGUUUGAGUGCAUAUCUCUGUAUCUGUUUGUCUGUAUCCGUGUCUCUGCCUGUCUUUGAAUUUGCCUCUAUAUCUAUCCGUCUGCUCGUAUCACUGCGUCUGUAUGUGUGUGUGUGUGUGUGUCUUUACGCUUGACUGAAUGUUUGUCGGUGUGUACGUCUGCAUGUGUCUCAUAGUGCAUGUCUGGAUCCAUUCCACGGAAUCGCAGGUGAUCUGAUUGGCAUUGCCUUGAUCCAGAUCCCAGAGCAGGCUGAGAGAUUCCCCCUUCCUACCCCUCUGCGAGUGAACAUAAAGCCCAGGGCUGUUAGACUAAUGUGGCCCUGGAAAGACUCCGGCCAGUCGGGACCCGGCUUCUAGUCCCGGUGGUUUGUACAGAGGCUUCUUUUUGUCCCGCCAUGGUUAACGUUCAGACAUUCUCCACUUUCUCUCUGGGUUUAUCUUUGAGAUGUCAUGUUGUCCUUUAAGAAAAUAAAGCUGUCCAAUGGGC